UACUUUCUCUCCAACAACGGAACAAACACCCGUUAACAAGCCGCCGUUCCGAAAGGCGCCUAUCUACAUCAUAGGCGACAACAAGGAGGACAACGACAACUAAGGCGACUAACGGCUGUCGCCGCCGCCUUCAACAACGAGGCCAGCACCCGUGCGCAGCAUUUCCGUUCCGGAAGCGGCGUCAAGUAGCUACCACCCACCACGCAACGCACCGGUUUGUGCGGUGUGGUAGUGCGCUCGUGGUGUAGCAUCAUCUGGUAAUUUCUGGCACCAUACUAACGCUGUGCUGUGCUGCUGUGUCGCCAUCGUGCACUCGUUUCCGGAUUACAUCAUGUUCCCGACCGGCGGCGGUGGUGCAGCAGAAGCAGGACAUCGCAAAUCGCUCCAACUGAGGUCCCCGGUUUUCGGAACGUCGUCGGUGACGGUGCAGAUUCGGAAUUAAUCCGACGGUGUGGUGCGUGUGCGCGUGUGUGUGUGUGGAUCCAAGCCAGUGAUUUUUUCCUACUCGUUUCGGAAAAGGGAUUUUGAAGGUGCUAUCAAAAGCUCAACCGUAGUAGUUAGGGACAACGUUGUUCGCAUUUAGUAUAUCAGAAACGAGUGGAAGGAGAAAAGUGCUCCAGCAGACCACGACGGGAAGCGCAGCUCGAACGUGAAGCCGUGCGGAAUCCGGGACCGGUUAUAUAAUGAGAGGUCGACGUAUUCCGAUCGCAUUGCCAAACACAGGUGCCCUGUCACGUAGACGCCAUACGCUUUACAUCCGAUCGGCCAUCAUCGUCUUCAUUUUAUUUGCAUUCCUGCAGUUUCACGUGAUAAACUAUGACUCCAACGAGUCGGGACCGGCAGAUACGGCCAACUACUCGACGGCAGCGAUCCUGCAGAUGGUGCCACCGGUUUUCCAUAAAUACCUGACAUCGAAGACCCGCAACGGAACGCAAGGUCAGAAUGGGACCCACGCUGGCGGCGGUGGGCCGGGUGACAGCGCACAGCGGUCGGCCAACAUCAGCGAAAUCCUCCGCAUGAUCAACCGCUACAACGAACUGCAGACGAUCCUGAACGAGGACAUCUUCGGUCCGCUACAAAAUGAUUCUGUGAUAAUAGUAGUGCAGGUACACAAAAGGAUAACCUAUUUACGCCAUUUAAUCGUAAGCCUGGCCCAGGCGAGGGACAUCUCCCGGACGUUGCUGGUCUUUUCGCACGACCACUUCGACGACGACAUCAACGACCUGGUGCAGAGCAUAGACUUUUGCAAGGUUAUGCAGAUCUUCUAUCCCUUCUCGAUACAGACUCAUCCGAAUGAGUUUCCCGGUGCGGAUCCCGGUGACUGUCCCCGGGAUAUCAAGAAGGAACAAGCACUGUUACGAAAGUGUAACAACGCGUUACAUCCCGAUCUUUACGGCCACUACCGGGAGGCCAAAUUCACCCAAACCAAACACCACUGGUGGUGGAAGGCGAACCGGGUGUUUGAUCAGCUAGAAACUACCAAAUAUCACACGGGUCUGGUGGUCUUCCUGGAGGAGGACCACUACGUUGCGGAGGACUUCCUCUAUAUCCUGGAGCUGAUGCAGCUCAAAUCGAACGAGCUGUGCCCGAAGUGUAACAUCCUCUCGUUGGGGACGUAUCUGAAAACGUUCAACUACUAUACCUACAACAAGAAGCAACAAAAGCAACUGCAGCAGCAACAGCAACAACUACUGCAACAGCAAAUCCAACGGCAACAGCAAGCCAACACUAAUGGUGGGUCGGCCACCGGGAAUACUGGUGGGCAAUCCACCACCGAAAAGUACGCAUCCCAGUCCCAGUGGGGCUACCAAGUGUUGCCAACGCUGUACUCGAUCUACCAGAAGGUGGAAGUGACCCCGUGGAUCAGCAGUAAGCACAACAUGGGCAUGGCGUUCAACCGGUCCACGUGGCACGACAUAACGCGCUGUGCGCGGCAUUUCUGCGAGUACGACGACUACAACUGGGACUGGUCGCUGCAGCACGUGUCCCAGCAGUGCCUGAAGCAGAAGCUGCACGUGAUGGUCGUCAAGGGGCCGCGGGUCUUCCACAUCGGCGAAUGUGGGGUGCACCACAAGAAGAGCAACUGCGAGUCGAACCAGGUGAUCUCCAAAGUGCAACAGGUGCUGCGGGUGGCACGCCGCUCGCGCCAACUCUACCCCAAGUCCAUCUCGCUGACGGUGGCCAGCGUGAUCAAGAAGACCAAACUGCGCAAGGGCAAUGGUGGCUGGGGCGACCAGCGGGAUCACCAGCUGUGCUUCAACAUGACCCUGAUCGGGCGGUAAUCCCCGGUCUGAGGAACUACCUGGUCCUGAGAACCUGCUAUGAGUAGCUGAGACUGAGACAAACGAAGGGAAGACUCGAGGAGAGAUGAAUGAACAUUGAACACACCAGUAAGACACACGGAAGAAAACAUACAAGACAAGCGUCACGUCCUAUUUUAUUUUUUAGAUUAUAUAAGGUGUAAACAUGUGACUAGUAAACCAAAAGAUGACUUUUAGAGGGUAUCACGAACAUAUUGUGCACGAAAGAAAUGCAAAAACAGAAAAGUGUAAAUAAAUGUAGGUGAGAGAGUGGGAUUACGGCGAAGAGUAUUUUAUUGUAAGAUAUGAGUAGAAAGGCCUACUAAUGAUUCAGAAGUGUCGAAUUACAAGAAAUUGAUAGAGUGUUGUUCAAUGGAUCACUGAGAAGGACAUGGUUGGCACCCAUCACAUAGAGAAAGUAGCGUACAUUCAUUACGAAAAAGUUGAAAUUGGUCAUUUACGACCACAACAAAACCAAACCUUAAAAGCACCCAAGAGAACUUAUUUGACAUUAUUACCGUAACAGUUAUGCGUGUAACGUAAUAAUACUGUAGAUGGCGCCACCAUGUUGUAAAUUUCAGUGAUCUAUUGAAUUGACAGGUAUACCAAUGCAUUGCGGCCCAGCGUUUGAGAUCAGAUGAAUGCAGGGAAGUGCCAAGCGAAAUGACCUCUAUGUAAAAAGAAUAUGGGAGGCACUUAGUUUCCACAUAGAAUGUUCGUUUAGUUUUGAUCGUCCAAAACUCCUCUUUUACUAAUGCAACAUAUACCUAUGUGACGAUUCCGUAAGAAAAAUGACAAAACUUUUUUUUCGCUUUACUUCGUCCAACAUUUAUCUGCGCAAGUAACUGAAAAAGUUCUAAAAUUUUGAUUUAAAGCAUUUUUAAUAUUCUAUUCCAAAACGAGCUUCAACAGCAUAAUGCUUGUUAAGAAAUGGCGUGGGCGUUAAAUUUGUCCAAAUGCCAAGUGAAUACUUUUAUAUAUCCACACCUUGUUAAACAUGCUAAACAUUUCACAAAAACCAAAAAAAAAGUAUAAAACGAGCUCACCAAUUUAAGUGCAUCCAUCCAUUGCCACAUCGCUGGCCAAAAGAUAAGAACCACCUGACAUGUUGGCGAUCAAAAUUAAGAGAUAGCACUAUUUAGGAACUACAUUCUAGAUCUAGACCUUUAUGUGCGAAAAGCAGGGUAAGCUAUACAAAAUCAAUCCUAAGCUUAGGCUUAGGAUUGCUGUUCAACAUUUUUCACAUGACGAUUUACCCUUGGACAUCAUAUAUGUAAUGAAAGCGUCUUAUAAAUGUUGGACUAACUUGAGCGUUAAUGGCUUUACUAUUAAUCUUAUCUUCCAUCCGAUUGUUUGCUAAGUUAAAGAGAUAAUUUAAAUCCGGGGGGAGCGACACUAGUUUUGUCAAGCCGAAAAACCCCAAAACAAAAGCCGAAAAAAGUCGAAAAAACCCGCAAAACUUUUGCGGGUUUUAGCCAUUUUUUUGGGCUUUUCUCAGCUUUUUUGGGUUUUUUGGCUUGACAAAACUAGUGUCGCUCCCCCUCUUUAAAUCCAUGUUUGUUUUUGUUAUAAAUAUUAGAGCAAGGCAUUUUUAAAUUAGGCAAAAGUUGAUUUAUUUAAUAGAAAAAAAUCCCUCCCAAACUACAGAACCACCAAUGAUUUACUUUAACAUUUCUCAUGUAGUAGUUAGAGGAAAAACGAGAAAAUGGGAAAGAGCGAUGAUUUUAAAGCGAAGCAAACUGUCCUUAAGAUGAGAAUCAAAAAAGAGUUACCACUAACCAAUUGAAAGAAGAUGACACAAUAAUGUUUUACAAUAAAGAAAAACGACCCCAAUACCUAUAUAGAAAGCCAGUAAAAGUGCAAACGUGUAAUUGAACGAAGAAAUCAAAACACAUAGACAACAGUUAGCGAAACCCGCAAGAAAACAAUAUGGUUGCAGUACGCACACAUGCCCAAACAAACCAACAGUUAAUACAAAAAAAAGCAUACCCUGCCGAACACGAAAGAUGAACGGCUACGAUGCAUCUUUCGUAUCCGGUAUUGUACGUUCACGUAAUUUUGUUGAUUUUAGUGAAAUACAAAAACCAUUUUCCAUUAUCGAUAUCAUCUAGUCAUCAGUACUGAUCCGCAGACGACCAACCAAGUUGAUGUUGCAUUUUGUUGAGUUAUUUAUGUUAGAAGAACAAUUUAUUCCUAUUAUUAUUGUUGUCUCAUACUUUGUUGAAAUAUUUAAAAACUGACAAAUAAAUGUGUACACAUUGAGUAGGGUACGCAGUGAGCAAAAGCCUCGAAAACGAAAGACACAAUUUAAAUACCGAGAAAACGACAAUUUCAGCCUUGGUUUGAAUUCGUUCCAUGAAGAAUUGACAAAAAAUAAAUCUAAGUGUGCGAGAAUCCACUACUAGCGAUUAGUAUGGGAGCAACAGGAUCAACCUGACGGCUCAUUCGAUGUGAGAGACUAGUGAAAUAAAGAAAAACAAAAGACAUGUAAACCAUUUUUAGAAUCGAAAUCAGUGAAAAAAGCAGAAGUAAAAAGUGUACGAAAUGAUCAAACGA